UCUUGUGACUAACUAAAAAGUGUACAGGUUUUUGGUGAUUAAUGAAUUUGUUCAUGUGUGCAGAUGCUGAGAAGUGAGCAUCAUAAUUAGAGGCUUGUUUGGGUGCCUGAAAAGGAUGCCAAUUCAGAAAUGGUUUGCACUGAGAAUGAAUUAUUGGAGUGGAAAGAUUUCCCAAAAGGACUCAGAGUCCUCCUUCUUGAUAAAGACUCCAAUUUUGCCUCUCAAAUGAGAUCAAGGCUUCAACAAAUGGACUAUAUAGUUCACACAUUCUGCAAUGAGAAUGAGGCUUUGUCUGCAAUCUCAAGCAAGUCGGAAGUAUUCCAUGUUGCCAUUGUAGAGGUAAGUGCUGGCAACAGCGAUGGAGGAUUCAAAUUUCUCGAAAGUGCUAAAGAUCUACCAACUAUAAUGGUGUCAGAUAUUCACUCUAUUAACAUCAUGAUGAAGUGUAUAGCGCUCGGUGCAGUUGAGUUCCUUCAGAAACCAUUAUCAGAUGAUAAACUGAGAAAUAUAUGGCAGCAUGUAGUUCACAAGGCAUUUCAUUCUGGAGGAAAGAAUGUCUCUGAGUCACUUAAGCCGGUUAAAGAAUCUCUUUUGUCCAUGCUAGAGCUCCAACCAGUAAAGCGCGAAGCAGAUAAUGAGAAUACUAAUGAAGCUGAACCCUUGACCUCUGUGGUGGAAAACCAAAAAACAUCAUCAUCCUGCUGCGAUAAAUAUCCAGCUCCUUCAACCCCACAACAGAAACAAGGAGUAAGGUUAGUGGAUGAUGGUGAUCUCCAAGAUCAUACUAUCUUGUCAAAUGAACAAGAUAGUGGGGUGCAUGAAGGGGACACAAAAUCUGUCGAAACUACUUGUUGCGAUUCUGUUGCUGAGACUACUGUCUUGGCAGAUUCUUCCGAGCGACUAGGAGAGGCUAUCACAAAGGAGGAGCAUGAUUCUGCUGCUGAUCAAAAUAUGGAGGAUCCUAUUGCUACUUGUUCACGAAGUAAUGACAAUGGCAGUGCUUGUUCUGCUGACCCGAACAAAGCUUAUGGUCUCCAUAGUUCAAGUGGGACAAAAGCUAAUAAGAAGAAAAUGAAGGUAGACUGGACACCUGAACUACACAAGAAAUUUGUUAAAGCAGUCGAGAAAAUUGGUAUAGAUCAAGCCAUUCCUUCUCGAAUACUAGAGCUGAUGAAAGUAGAAGGCCUGACGAGACAUAAUAUAGCUAGCCAUCUCCAGAAAUUCAGGAUGCAGCGGAGGCAAAUUUUGCCAAAGGAGGACGAAAAAAGAUGGCCUCGUCCUCAACCUAGAGAUUCAGUACAGAGGACCUAUUAUCCACAUAAACCUGUCAUGGCCUUCCCAAACUAUCAUUCUAACCAUGCGCCGACAGCUGGUCAAUUCUAUCCUGCCUGGAUACCACCAGGAGGUUACCCGAAUGGUGCACAUAUGUGGGGUUCGCCUUAUUAUCCUGGAUGGCAACCACCUGAGACAUGGCACUGGAAUCCUCAACCAGGGCUGUACGCUGAUGUAUGGGGUUGCCCCGUUACGCCUCCAUCUCUAGGAUCAUGUACGCCAUACCCUCAGAAUGCAUCUGGAUUUCACAGGGCUGAGGGAAUACAGAAUAGAUAUAGCAUAAUAGAGAAAUCAGCUGAUCUUCACCCGGCAGAGGAGGUGAUAGAUAAAGUAGUGAAGGAGGCAAUAAACAAGCCAUGGUUGCCUCUACCCUUGGGCCUAAAACCUCCUUCAACGGAGAGUGUUCUCGACGCACUUUCUAAACAAGGCAUCUCCACCGUCCCUCCACGCCACCGCCGCUCUCAUCGCCCCUACUGACAUGCCGGUUGCUCACCGGGAGUCCCACACACGGAGGCGCGUGUUUCAACGCUCUACCCAUGCGCGUGGCGAUUGACUUCACCCGACACAGAAGAAAAAAAGUAGAUCCUUUAACUGAUCCGAUAAAGGUCUUGCUCGUGUGCUGUCCCUUACUGCUGUGUGGCACAGAAUCAGCCACGUGGUUGGGUUUGAUUGAGCGAAAAUGUUUCGUUUUUUU